UGCAACGCAACUUAGCGUAGUCGUGCACUUCCUGUUAGCUCUGAGAAGAUAGCGGACGAGCGGUCGAAGGAAAUACUGAUGUAUCGUUAUCUAUGUGAAAUCGUAGCAUAAUUGUACAGGAACGGGCUAUUCUGGAGCUUCUAAGGUCCACAUUUAGGAGACGACAAUGAUCCGCUUCAUCCUCAUCCAGAACCGAGCAGGGAAGACACGACUGGCCAAAUGGUACAUGCAGUUUGAUGAUGAUGAGAAGCAGAAGUUGAUUGAGGAAGUGCAUGCUGUGGUAACUGUCAGGGAUGCCAAGCACACCAACUUUGUGGAGUUCAGGAACUUCAAGAUCAUUUACCGGCGUUAUGCUGGCCUGUACUUCUGUAUUUGUGUGGACGUGACCGAUAACAACUUGGCAUACCUCGAGGGAAUCCACAACUUCGUAGAGGUGCUGAAUGAGUAUUUUCACAACGUGUGCGAAUUGGACCUUGUGUUCAACUUCUACAAGGUGUACACUGUGGUGGAUGAGAUGUUCCUGGCGGGAGAGAUCAGGGAGACCAGUCAGACCAAGGUCCUCAAGCAGCUCCUCAUGCUCCAGUCGCUUGAGUAGAAAACAGGCAACCACCAGUGCUCAUUAAUCUGCUGCCCUGGCACCUAAAGCAACCUACUCCAUGUCCCCGUUACUCUGGAAAGGACCCCCCUAUGAUUUGCCUGCCUCCGCAAAGGCAGAUCUCACUCCGUACAGAACUUCAGGAGGGGGUGGGGGGGUGCUUAGAGAUAAAAAUACACAAUAUUGUUUACAUACGGAUAUAUAAUACGGAAGUUCAAUUAACCUGUUUGUUAUAGCAGUCUAUAAUGUAUCUGUUGUACUUUGAAUGCGGUCACACGGUAAAAAAAAAAAAGGCUGUACAUUUCAACAUCUUACCAUCUCAUAUACUGCCUACAUGGCAAUCAACUUUAUAUUCUUUCACUUUUCCCAAAGCCAGAGGCUUCAGAAAUGAGUUGUUUCAUGUAGUAACCAGUUAGUCUUUGCAUUUAUCUCUGUGCAGUGUGAAAACACUGAUGUAGGUCCACUGCGCUCUCCUGCCCCCCCUCUCCUCUCCUCCCUUCAUUAACCUCAACAUUCAUUUGAUGGCACUACUGUAACUAACAAGCACCAUGUACAAAGAGACUGCCUAUAAUGAUCCAUGUGCAUUGAGCACUUUACAACAGCCUUGCAGCCAGCUCUAUAAAUCCAUGUAAAGAAAGACCUCGCCUGUGAUGUGGUAUUGGAGUUGUCACGCCUUCUGCUCAUUUUUAGAUCUGGAUCACAGUACAAGCAAGCUACAACUAGAAAGCCCUUUAGAGCAAUUGACCCACCACGGCAGGUUCAUAAUUGAAUGGAGUGUACUUAGGAUGAGUGCCAUUUUGUCUGUGUGUUAUGGCAACCUGUGCUGUGUCAGACAUCCUCGUGGUUGAUGAUGAUAAACAGCGUAGGUUAUGUUAGCUCAGAUGGCUGCACUUUGGACGCUGUAAUCGUUUUCACUGCAUUUCAAAUCAUCUAGAUCAUUUGACGCAACUCUUUUUAAUUACAUUAAAUGGUGCUUGUUGGUCACACUUAAAAUACAAACCCACUCAGACGGAAAAAGACCUGGACAUAGAAAGUAUAUUUUACAUAUAGCAGUACUGUGAAGUUUGCUUCGUAUAGUGUGUACAUACAGUAUAUCUUGAGUAUGUUGAAUAUUGUGAAAUCAUUCCAGGACGACGGGUUCUUGCUCACUGUAUGAUCUGAGCAGUAUUUACUUGUUAAAGGUCCAUAAAUUCCUUUAACAUUGCAUAAAAUAAAUUGGCUUUUAAAUUCCUCAACUACAAGCCUCAUGAACUUUGGCAACAACAAAAAAAAAAACGGAACAUCCACUUUUAUUCUUUUCUCUUUUGAUGGACUUUAAUGUUGAUGAGAUUGCUUGUCAUACUCUAAUUUUAACCAUAUCCAGUCACAAAGGUGUCAAAGGUGGUUUCAAAUGUUACUGUUGUUCAACUUUUGUAUUUUUUUUUUUAAUAAUUAGGCAUUAGUGAAAUAUGUACUGCUUCCCUUAUUGUCCACCUGUGUGAGUUUGUUGAUGAAAGACGUGUGUUUGUAUGUUUUAUUGUCUCCAAUUCAACUACCCACAUCAAUACGUCCCAUUAUAUGUAAAUAAUAAACAGAUGAAGUGAUACAUGAA